AUGCAGCAGCAGCAGCAGCAGAAGAUCCUGUGCUGCAGCAGCAGCUGCUACUGCAGCACAGCCCGCUGCUGCAGAUGGUCCGAAACGCAUGCAGCACCUAAACUUUCAUCAGCAGCACCGUCUGCUGCAGCAGGUGCUGCAGCAGCAGCAGCUCUUGCUGCAGCAGCUCUUGCUGCAGCAGCUCUUGCUGCAGCAGCUCUUGCUGCAGCGGCUCUCCCUGCGGCGGGUCAGCGGGUUCUGCUGCUGCUGGUGUUGCUGCAGCAGGUGUUGCUGCAGCAGCAAGAGCUGCAGCAGGUGUUGCUGCAGCAGCAAGAGCUGCAGCAGGUGUUGCUGCAGCAGCAAGAGCUGCAGCAGGUGUUGCUGCAGCAGCAAAAGCUGCAGCAGGUGUUGCUGCAGCAGCAAGAGCUGCAGCAGCUGUUGCUGCAGCAGCAAGAGCUGCAGCAGGUGUUGCUGCAGCAGCAAGAGCUGCAGCAGGUGUUGCUGCAGCAGCAAAAGCUGCAGCAGGUGUUGCUGCAGCAGCAAGAGCUGCAGCAGGUGUUGCUGCAGCAGCGCGUGAGCAGUUUGAAUGUCUCAGCACAAGAAACUCGACGAAACAUUUUGUUUUAG